AGUUUCACACUAGCCCCCUGUCCAGGAUGGAGUAGAUGCUAGUUCCUGAGGACCCGGAAAAUGAGGCCCUCCACCCCGUGGUCACCGGGCACUCCUCCUCCUCCUCCAAGGUGCCCAUCAUGUCAGUAAACAAGAAUCACCUGCAAGUGGAGUACCCCCAGAACAGUAGGAACCGCUACCCUAGCUCCAAUAAUGGUGACGGAGGACAUGACGUGGACAGUAGUACGGAACUAUGGGACGAGCCAGAAGAAGACCAACCACAUUGUUCCCACUGUUCCACCUCCCUCCACGACCAGUACACUGAUUCACUCCGGGGCAAGUUAAAGCAGCAACAAAUCACUCUCAUAGAACUCAAGAAAACAGUGAAAGAGUUGGAAGCAGAUAAGAUCCAAGAAGUUGAGCUGCGAAGGAGGGUUGAGGACCAAGCCGAACAACUCCGAGAUAAAUCUAGCGAGGUUGAGCGGCUAGAGAAGCUUCUGGAAGAGUUUGAUAACCUAGCGCAAGAGAACGAUGAUCUGAAGUUGCUGCUGAGAUUGAAAGAUGAGGAGAUAAAGAUGUUGAACAAGGAUGUGAGCAAGUUGUCAGAGAGAGUAUCAGACUAUAACGAGAUAGAGGCUCACAACACUGAUCUACAAUCUGAGCUCUUCUCUCGAGACAGAGAGGUGAUGUCCCUGAAGCACAGCGAGGAGCGACUCCGAACUACAUACCUAGAACUGGUAAAGAAGAACAGUCAGUUGGAAGAGAAGCUUCUAGAACAGGACAGCAGACACGAAGAAGGAAAGCAGAAGUUUGAGAACAGUAUCAUGAAGCUGACCGACAAGUUGAUCCAGCAGAGGAAGAAGAGCGAGGAGCUGGAACAGACUAACGCUAGAGCUGUCAGGGACUGCAGGUUAGCUGUCAGGCUACUACAAUGUGCUAGCCCUGCCUCCAACUCCCACGCUGCAAAACAGCACCAGACAAACAAACUGUCAUUUAUAUUCGGGGAUGCGAACAACAAACCUAUCAGCAGCAACGACUCUAAAUCUAUCAAAAAAGAUCUGAAGCAGUUGAGACAGAACAGCUUUGAAGACGAGAACAGUUGCCCACCAACUCCACCCAACUCCACCUCCUCCCCCAACACUCCUCCCUCUAGUACCCGGGGGGAACAACGACGCGGAGUGUCAGUCAGGCGUCAAUCAAGUCGGGGUGCAUCAACUAGGAGUGCUCCAGGGAGCUCGUUACCAAAGCAGGGUAGUGUUCCCGGGCAGAAGCAGGAGGAGGGUGAUGUGUUCAUGAAGAGGAACCAUUCUACUAGCUGCUUGGAAAGUUUACAAUGCAUGUCAAGAACACAGAGUGCUCACAGACCAACAGGUGCAGGUUGUACAGAUUUACAUCAGGAGUCAGUGAUAGUGCUAAAGGACUUGCUACAAGGAAAGAAAGAUGCAAUCCAUGUCUUGAGAGUUGAAUUGGGGAAGAGAGACAAAGAAAUCGGAUUGUUACGGAAGAAACUGACGAAUAAUCUUAGCGAGAGCAUUAAUUCUAAGGACAUGGCGCCGAACGAACGGAUAGAAAAUUUGGAGACCCGGGUAGGGUUCCUGAACGACGAGAACUUUAACCUGAAGUACCAGUUGGAAAUCUGCAGGAAAAUGUUAGACAAAAUCUCGGGAGUUGCUCCCAACCCCUCUUGAACGACUGAAUGAGGAAUACCAGGCCAGAUUUCUGUCACUUUACUGUCAUCCUACCUCGAUUUCUGCUCUUGAAAUUAAAAAAUUAUUGGAUGAGCAGACUGAAAUUAUUUGUAUUGCGUUACUCGGAGUGUUAAUUAAAAUCUAGGGAGAACUUUUUUGCUGCCGCGAACAUUCGCGAAUCAAAGAAAAAUGUGCUCAAUUAUUGUGUUUUUUGUUGCCAGCUUGUGUAAAUAUAUUGGCCGUAUAAUUGUAUAACAUUAUUUGGUUUGAUACUGUUUCUAACAUUCUUACAGGGAGCCCAUUCAAAAUUAUAGAAUAUUUAUGAAUUUCAUUAGCCUGCGUUAGGAAUAGGUAUAUUCAAAUCUGUGAGGUAUCUCAAGAAAACGAAAGAGCAACCGUGUGGUUGCCUUGACAAUCUGUCGAUCAAUUAGGAAUUCAAUCAUGGACUUUAAUGAUCAUCGUGUGAAGUGGGAGUUUUGUUAAAUCUUUGAGCUUCGACUUUUCAGCUAUCUAAAGGAUAAUUCGUAAUUGUGUAAUGACGAAUUUAACUGUUAUUUACGGUAACUAUUGUUGACGUUUGCCACGAAACGUAA